AUGUGCAACGACACGGAAGGCAACCUGUUGACAGACAAGACUGCGGUGGCGGCUAGGUGGAAGGAGCACUUCCAGCAGCUGUUGAACGGUGAGGCACGAGAGGGAAUCGUCGAGGACAGGAUACACGUUGAGGAAGAUGUGGACCCGCCUACGUUGGAGGAAGUAGCUAAGGCUGUUAAAGAGCUCAAGAACGGGAAAUCCGCGGGAAAGGACGGACUUCCGGCCGAACUUUUCAAGCACGGGGGUACGCGGAUGACCGAGAUUCUGCACCAAAUCAUCCUACGCAUUUGGUGCGAAGAACAGCUUCCGACCGACUGGUUAGACGGGCUCGUCACCCCAAUCUACAAGAAAGGGCAAAGACUCGAUUGUGCCAACUAUCGAGGCAUCACAAUCCUCAACGCAGCGUACAAAGUACUCUCCCGCAUCCUGUGGAGCAAGCUGAGACCGAUGACCGAGACCUUUGUCGGCAAAUACCAGUGCGGUUUUCGAGCGGGUCGGUCAACGACGGAUCAGAUGUUCACUCUGCGACAAAUCCUCGACAAGUUCCGGGAGUACAACCUGCAAACACACCAUUUGUUCAUCGACUUCAAUUCGGCGUACGAUUCGGUCAAAAGAAACGAACUUUGGAAGAUUAUGGUAGAACACGGCUUUCCGGCGAAGCUUAUAAGACUGAUUCGUGCAACGCUCGACGGAGCAAAAUCAAGCGUGCGAAUAGCCAACGAGACAUCUGAAGCUUUCGUUACGUUGGAUGGAUUGAAGCAGGGCGAUGCUCUCUCGAACUUACUGUUCAUCAUAGCGUUGGAGGGUGCUGCUCGAAGGGCAGGCGUGCAAAGAAACGGAACACUCAUCACUAAAUCGCACAUGCUGCUUGGAUACGCUGACGACAUCGACAUCAUUGGUAUCGACCGUCGUUCAGUGGAGGAGGCGUUCGUCCCUUUCAAGCGGGAAGCUGCGAAGAUCGGACUGACCAUUAACACUGCCAAGACCAAGUAUCUGGUUGCUGGCAGAGCGCGUGGCAGUGCAGGUGAUGGUGUUUCGGAGGUGGAAAUAGAUGGAGAAAGAUAUGAGGUGGUGGAUGAAUUUGUAUAUCUUGGUACACUCGUGACGUGCGACAACGAUGUGAGCUGCGAAGUGAAACGGCGGAUUAGUGCUGCAAACAGGGCCUUCUACGGUCUUCGUAGCCAGCUAAGGUCCCGCAGCCUAAGGACGCCUACGAAAAUCACGCUGUACAGGACCUUGAUACUCCCUGUAGCUCUUUACGGUCACGAGUCGUGGACGCUAAAGGAGGCUGACCAGAGAGCACUUGGGGUCUUCGAGCGGAGAAUCCUGCGUUCUAUCUUCGGCGGCAAGCAAGUAGGAGACCGGUGGCGCAGGCGCAUGAACUUCGAGCUGUACCAAGACUACAAACAUACUGAUAUCGUAAAAGUCAUCAAGCACGACAGGCUGAAGUGGGCUGGACAUGUAGCCAGAAUGUCGGACGAGCGGGCGGCUAAAACGAUAUUCAGUAGCGAACCUGGACGGGGUCGUCGGCUUCGUGGAAGGCCUCGUACGCGUUGGCUGUGUGCAGUCGACGAAGAUGCAAGAGCGGCCAACAUUGUGGGCGACUGGAGACGAGCGGCCCAAGAUCGAGCAUCCUGGAAAUCUUCGAUUAGUUCAGCGUUGGGUCGAUAG